AUGGUUCCAGGCAAUGACACACAAAUUUCAGCAUUUAUUCUUCUUGGAUUUUCAGAGGACCCACAACUGCUGCCUCUCAUAUUUGGGCUUUUCCUCUCCAUGUACCUGAUCACUGUGCUUGGAAACCUGUUCAUCAUCCUGGCUGUCAGCUCAGACUCCCAACUCCACACACCCAUGUACUUCUUCCUCUCCAACCUGUCCUUUGUGGACAUCUGUUUCAUCUCCACCACCAUCCCAAAGAUGCUGGUGAAUAUACAGAUUCAAAGCCAAGUCAUUUCUUAUGAAGGCUGCAUGACCCAGAUGUAUUUUUUCUUACUCUUUAUACAAUUGGACAUCUUCUUUCUGACUGUGAUGUCCUAUGACCGCUUUGUGGCCAUCUGCCACCCGCUGCACUACACAGACAUCAUGAACCCUAUUCUCUGUGGAAUUCUGGUGCUAAUAUCUUGGGUGAUAGGUGCACUUAAUUCCUUAUUACAAAGCUUACUGGCUUUGAGGCUGUCUUUCUGUACAUCCUUGGAAAUCCCCCACUUUUUCUGUGAAUUAAAACAGAUGGUCCAAAUUGCCAGUGGGGAUACCUUUCUUAAUAAUGCAGUGAUGUAUUUUGGAGUUGGGCUGUUUGGUGGUGUUCCCCUUGUUGGGAUACUUUACUCUUACUCCAGGAUAGUUUCUUCCAUACAUGGAAUCUCAUCAGCUUGGGGGAAGUAUAAAGCAUUUUCCACCUGUGCAUCGCAUCUCUCAGUUGUUUCCUUAUUUUAUUGUACAGGCUUAGGAGUGUAUGUUAGCUCUGCUGCUACCCACAGCCCACAGUCAAGUGCAACAGCCUCGGUAAUGUACACUGUGGUCACACCCAUGCUGAACCCCUUCAUCUACAGUCUGAGAAAUAAAGACAUAAAGAGGGCUCUAAAAAUAUUAUUUAGGGUAGCAGCAAUAAAAGGGCCAAUUGUCCUAUGA